AUGAGCUACAAAAUACUUGUAACCGGCACGCCCGGCGUGGGAAAAACCACCUUAUCUAAGCACAUGAAGAAAGUGCUGGGGUGCAAAAUGAUCAGUCUAAGCGAUUUGAUAGAAAAGAAGAAAUUGUACAGCAACAGAUGCGCAAAGUAUGAUACACUUGAAUACGACCCAGAGAAAGUGGAGAAGUACUUGAGAAAAAAGCUGAAAAAGGGAGAGAGCUAUAUAUUUGACACCCACGACCCAGAAUCAGUCUCUUUCAUUAGAUUUGAUGCAAUUAUUGUCCUAUCUGCUGACACGUAUGUGCUUAGCGAGAGAUAUGACAAGAGAGGAUACAACAAGAUAAAAGCAGACGAAAACAUACAGGUGGAGAUAAUGGAAGUGAUAUACAAUGAGGUAAUAGAGAACAUAUGCGAAGACAGCGAAGAGAUAGACAGCAUAAUAAGAAUAGAGACGGUAAAAGACAGGAAGUCAAAGCCUGUAGAAGAGAUAUAUAAGGAAAUAGAAGAGAGCUCUGCCUGGAAAGAUCUAGUAAAGACUAAAGCAGCAAAAGAAGCCCACGCAUAG